GCUGUCAAGCGGAGCUGCCGCAAAAGGGCCGUGUUUGCGGCGGGCGGGGCCGUGAGGCGAGCGUCGGCGGCAGGUUUGGCAUCUGCAAAUUCCAGAUUUCCUCAGGGGCAGCACUGCUGAUAAUGGCCAGGUGAUGGGCAGAGUUCUGGACCGGAGAAGCCAGAGGCGAAGUAAGACAUAAUAAAGAAGUGAAGAGAAACUGAAGGAAGGAAGUACUGCAUGUGUUAAAGAUCAGAAAACUUUCUGAAGUAUUUGGGCAAACAAGUGUAUGAGUAGUAAAAUCUAAAAAGGUUAAAAGUGUGUGGAAAGCAUGGGUUAUGAUAUUGAGCGCUUUGUUGGCUAUGUUAACGAAGGGCUCUUAUGCUCCAUCUGCCGUGAUGUGUUAGAAGAUCCGCUACAGGCUCCUUGUGAACACGCUUUCUGUACUGCUUGUAUACACGGGUGGCUCGUUCAUCACAGUAACUGCCCUGAAGACAGACAAGUGAUUGAUGUGUCUGUGCUACGACCUCUGUACAGAUAUAUGAAAAAUGACUUAAAUCGUCUUCAGCUACAUUGCAAAAACAGAGAGUAUGGCUGUGAAAUGGUUUGUUCUCUAGAGUCUAUCGACCGGCACGAACGGGAGUGUGAAUACAGUCAGAUACCGUGCUCCAAUGCUGGCUGUACAGUUCAGGUUGAGCGACGUAACCUUGAUGUUCACCUGGCAGUGUGUGAAUAUCGGAGCCGUGAAUGCCCCAACGGCUGUGGUUACACCAUUCUCAGCGCAGAAGACACGCAGCAUAACUGUGUAGCAGAGCUAAGAACCGAGCUAGAACUACUGCGGUCAGAAAUGAUCUGCAGAGUGGAGGAGGCAAAGCAUGAGAUGGAGUCAAGGUUAGAUUCACAGAGAAGGCAUAUGGUCCAGAAGGAGAGUAUUCUGCAGAAUGAAAUUGAAGAACUAAAGAGUCAGAUGUCCCGAAUGAUGUCAGAUGUACGCUCCCUGAUGGCUGCAGAGAGACAGCAUCGUCAGGAGCUGGAGCAAGCAGAGCUGGAAAAACGGGAAUUAAUGGAGCUGCUGAGGGGGCUGCAGAAGGACUGUCGGUUAAGUACCACAGAGGGAAGCAGAAAGGCAGCAAACUUCCGCCCACUGACACGGCUGGAGAGUGCAAAACGGAAACCCAGGGAAGUUACAGUUAUCUAAACAGAAGUAAGCUCAAAAAGCAUUUUUUUUCUAAUUUCUGUGAUCAUCUGACAAAUUUUUUUACUCUCCAUGAAUGAUUGGUAAAUUUCAUAUAAUUUCUGAUUUGCUUGCUUUCUUCUUAAACCUGGAUUACCACUUUCUGCCCUCUUGGGCCAUAAAAACAAAUGGGAGAGUUUUCUCUUACAGAACACUGGGUAAUUUUCAAAGACACUUGUAGCUCAUCUUUUUGUAAAGAGAGGGGAGAAGACUUGAUUUCUGUCUCAUCAGUGUGUCAUUUACAGAACUCUUCAUAUCAUGAAAACUGGAAUCUUUUAAAGUCAAGGAUGCUAAAAGUUUGUUUUUCUUUCCUGAUCCAUUAGAGUCUGUUUCAGUCCAGUUUAUGCUUAUACUUGAAACAGGGAAAAAAAUUGUGAUUAUCUGUAAUGACAUUUGGGAUGUACUUAAUUUGGGGAAAGCCAGUAAUAGAAACUAAUAGAUUUUGUUUGUAUCAUCUGUAGGAGGUAAAUGUCAAAGUGAAAGGAAAGCACUUUAAAUUCUAGAUCUACUGCUAUGUAACAGCUUCAAGUGAGCUUGACUUACUU